GUCUGGGUUGCCACCCUUCCCCGUCCUCCGCUAUUACCUAGUGCUCAGGUUCUCAUUGUUUUCUCAAAAAAAUGCAGUCGGCUACUCGUCCAACGUCGCGUGCGGUUGCCUCUCCAAACCCGAGGUCGAACCCAGUGAAUACCCAGACAAAAUUGAUAGACACCGUUCAAGGUCGCAUCCUGUGCCUCGCAGACAUUCGCGGUCAUUUGUCUGCUCUCAAUGAUCUCGCUCGCGAAACCAAUGUCAAGGCCAUCAUUCAUACAGGGGACUUUGGUUUCUUUGAGAGUCAAAGUAUAGCGCGUAUUAGUGACCGCACCCUUCGACACCUCACGAUGUACUCUCCCCUUAUUUCAACAAGCCAGAGAGACCAGCUCCUUGCUGCCGACAAUAUUCCAUCCACCAUCCGUACCACAGUAGACAUCUCCCUAAUUUCAGAAUUCCCACUUCUCCUGUCCGGCCAGAUAAAACUCCAAGUACCCGUGUUCACCGUCUGGGGCGCUUGUGAGGACGUCGUUAUCCUGGAAAAAUUCCGUACUGGUUCCUAUUCGAUCGAUAACCUACACGUGCUCGACGAAGUCACAACACGUUGCCUCGAUGUGGGUGGCAUCAAAUUGCGGCUUCUCGGCCUUGGGGGUGCCCUCGUGCCACACAAGAUGUUUGACAAUGGCGACGGAAAUGCUACUAUCGCUGGUGGUCAAGGUACAAUGUGGGCCACCGCGUUGCAGAUCGGAGAGCUCGUCGAUACCGCCCAGCGGAUUUUCGAUCCUACCGAAACUCGAGUCCUGGUCUCCCAUACCAGCCCUGGCCGGGAAGGCAUCAUUGCCCAACUCGCUCUCGUUCUGAAAGCGGAUCUUACUAUUUCUGCUGGCCUUCACUUCCGCUACGCAAGCUCCUAUAACGAGUUCAGCGUCCAAACGGACUUCGAUGGCUUCCGUCGCAAACUCGCCGUCGGAAAGGAGGGCUUCGAUAAAGUUUGGGAUACGGUGAAGGCACAAGUUGAUGCCGUUGUUGAUGACCACCAGCGAAUUUUGCUUGAUAAGGCACUCUCGGUCCUCGAGCGGGUUCCGUCACUUCAACCUCCGCCAGGCGCUACAACUGCUACUAGUGAAGAACCGGCUUGGAAAAAUUGCUGGAACUGGAAUCUAUGCGACGCAGCUUUUGGUUCCCUUGUUCUAGACAUCAAGGAAGGCAGGAUCAGUGCAGAAUUAAAGAGUCAAGGUUUCAACUACGCCUAUCGCCGCACUGCGACUGGCAACGUUGCACAAACCCCUAAUUCUGCCGUGUCUUCAUUGUCCAACACCACUCCACCUACCAAGGGGCCGACACCUGCUCCUAUGGAGAAGCCUGCUUCUCCCCUGCCCAAGGAGGUCAAGUCUCCUCUCGCGGCUACUUCUCCACUAAUAUCAGGCAAGGAGGCACCCAGGGACUCGCAGAUCAAGACCAACGGAACUACGACACCCUCAGGCCCGCCUUCUGAGAAGGCUGACAGGGGGGGAUAUAAGCGGAAUCAGAGAAGGGAUAGGAAAGACCGGGAGCGUCCUGAGCGGGAAGCAAAGGAACAGGAGAGGGAGUCCACUGAAGAGAAGACAGACGCAGCCCCGGCAACCGUACCUGAUUCCCAGCCAGCGGUGGUACAAUCUGGGAAGGCUACUCCAGUGCCGGAUGAUGGUGUGACAACCGAUGGAUUGGAGGGUGGACUCAAGUCACCACUCACGGAUAGCACGGGGGCGAGAACUCCCACGUCGAGGCGCCCUUUCAGACAUCCUCACACACUCUUUCUCCGUUUUUCUGAACCAUUAAGUGAAGCUGACAUCCAAGAAUUCUUCGGGGGCGAGGAAGCAGGGAUUUCGCGGGUAAACACUCCUCAACCCUUCCACAAUCGAGGCCACAGGAUAGCAUACGUUGAAUUUGCAGAUGAAGACAAAAUGAAAGCAGGACUUGAGAAGAACAACGAGAAAAUCAAAGACAUGACGAUUGAAGUCAAGAUUGCCCACGAUCGUGGAGAGGGUGGCGAGAGGGGAAGAGGUGGACCGAGAGGUCGUGGUAGGGGUGGAUAUGCGUCGCGAGCGCUCGGAGCUGCUGGCAUGUCAAAACGCAAUGGUGACGCACGCGGCGGCUCAGCUGACAACACGAAGACGGGAGGGGAUAAUGCAUCAGCGACCUAGGGCAUCAAUUCGGCUUUCAUGGGUACGUGGGAUGAGGUUUGGACGCGGUAGAGACGAGGAAUUUGGGCAGGUGAUACUUUUUUUUUUUUUUGACGACUCUGGCAUGCCGUUUAUCACCCUGUUCACAUUCGCUUUGUGUUGUCAUCCUUUUUUUUCCUUCUCCUUCACUCAAGCCUUAUAAUUCUCGAGCACAUUCUUUGUGUGUUUGAUCCGUUAUGCUCGUCUUGGGUACUGUACAUGCACUUGUUACCUUGCCCAGAUAAUUUGUUUGCAUUGUGUGAAAACUACCUGAUUAUGUAAGGAACAUUGUAGAGCUGAUCACGUGAUGAUAUAUUCCCC